UACAAGUUCUAUGAUUUUUUAGCUCGAACUCGAUAAUCAAAAACUAAACUCGACUCGAGUUACAUACGACUGUUUUGUGUAUCUGUUUGUUGCUAAGAAAUUUAUUAAAUUUCUGUGUUAGUUGUUUUAAAUUAGGUGAUAUCUAGAUACAGAGGAAUAUAUUGUAACAUUUUUGAAUUAAUUUCUCCUCCAUUUAGGUCACUCAUAAGGGGCUGGUGUUAAUAUCAUUUUCAUCUCUGUAAUUAAUGUCUUCAAUCUGAUCUUCAGAACAUGCCAGAAUUGCCUGUUUUGAUAGUAGCUGCAUUUUCUGCUUAGUGUAUAAUUUUUUCGAUCUGCAAAUGAAAGAUCUUUUGCUACGAGCUAACACGAAAGGCAUGGCAUUGGCAAGAAUCGCAAGGAAUGGUUUGAGGCGGUCAGGUUCUGUUGGAAGUUAUGCAAGUCACAAUGACACCCCCUACGAGGGAUUAUCAACUUGUAGUUAUUCAGGGACAUCUGCUGCAAAAGUUGAAAGAGGUGGCAGUUUGGCAUACCUUACAAGCAUCAAGAAGGUGGAUCAUAUAAGUUUUGGGAGCAGAGGAAUUAGUGUGACCCCUCAUUAUCAGUUUGCUCAAGCAGAGAGGAUUGUGGAGGAAUCUGAUUCAGAAUAUGAAAAGCAAAAAUAUCCUAGUCUAGAAGCAACAAAGCCAGGUGAAAAGCCUAGGGUGGUUGUCCUUGGCACUGGAUGGGCAGCAUGUAGAUUUCUUAAAGGGAUCGACACUAAUAUUUAUGACGUUGUUUGCAUAUCUCCUAGGAACCACAUGGUUUUCACUCCCCUACUUGCAUCAACUUGUGUUGGAACCUUAGAAUUCCGCUCUGUAGCUGAGCCAGUUACUAGAAUACAAUCUGCACUGGCCAAGAAUCCCAAGUCCUACUUUUAUCUGGCUAACUGCACAGAUGUAGACACGGACAAGCAUGAAGUGUACUGUGAAACAGCUGCUGAUGUUGGACUCCCACAUGAGCCUUAUCGCUUUAAAGUUUCAUAUGACAAGCUUGUUAUUGCUGCUGGAUCGGAGCCCUUAACUUUUGGAAUAAAGGGAGUAAAGGAACAUGCACAUUUCCUUCGCGAAGUAAAUCAUGCCCAAGAAAUAAGGAAGAAGCUUCUGUUGAACCUGAUGCUAUCACAAAAUCCAGGCAUAUCAGAAGAGGAAAAGGAACGCCUGCUACACUGUGUAGUUAUUGGAGGAGGCCCUACAGGAGUAGAGUUUAGUGGUGAAUUGAGUGAUUUUAUCAUGAGAGAUGUUCGUCAAAGAUACACUCAUGUCAAAAAUUAUAUCAAAGUCACCCUCAUCGAGGCUAAUGAGAUUUUGUCAUCAUUUGAUGUUGGAUUGCGGCAGUAUGCCACUAAACACUUAACCAAGCAUGGGGUCCGACUUGUCCAAGGUGUUGUGAAAGAGGUGCACCCCAAAAAGAUAGUUCUGAGUGAUGGGAGUGAUGUUCCGUAUGGCCUUUUGGUGUGGUCCACUGGAGUUGGUCCUUCCGAUUUUGUGAAAUCACUAAAUAUACCCAAGUCUCAUGGUGGACGGAUUGGUGUUGAUGAAUGGCUCCGCGUUCCUUCUGUGGAAGAUGUUUUUGCACUUGGAGAUUGUGCUGGUUUUCUUGAACAGACAGGAAAGCAAGUGCUUCCAGCUUUGGCUCAGGUUGCCGAGAGGCAAGGAAAAUAUCUUGUGAAACUGUUCAACAACAUUGGCAAUCAAAAUGGAGGGAAGGCUUUCUCCACAAAAGAUGUUAAUCUGGGCGAGGCUUUUGUCUACAAUCAUCUUGGAAGCAUGGCAUCUGUCGGUCGUUACAAAGCUCUAGUUGAUCUAAGCCAGUCCAAGGAUGCCAAGGGACUCUCAUUUGCAGGAUUUACAAGUUGGCUGAUCUGGCGGUCUGCAUACCUGACACGUGUAGUGAGCUGGAGAAACCGUGUCUAUGUGGCUGUGAACUGGGCUACCACAUUAAUCUUUGGCAGAGACAAUACAAGAAUAUGAUGCUCCACAAGAACAAAAUGAAAAAUACAAUUCUUAUGCAUUUAAUAUCAGUUGUCAUCUUUGGCUUCAGGUAUAAAGGUAAAGAGUGUAGAAUUAUUAUUCAAAAUCAAUGCUUAAUUACUUUAAUGGCCUGAUAAUGCCUGGUGAGAAUUAGAUAGUCUGUAGUCGGGAAGCUACAUUUGCAAUAAACAGAUAGAGGGUUAUUCAUGUAAUACAAAUUUUCAGCAAGUCAUAAUUAUUUAAUCUGUUACUGCUCCA